CUGCAAGUGCAGCGAUCUAAUCGGCAUGCUUAAACUUCAACUCCACCACAACGCGGCCCUGAAUCUACAUAGCGUCACCUCGAGGAUUUUUAUUCCCAAUUUCUUUGCAAGCAGACUGACCUCUUCUGCUCCUAUAUCUCGUACUACCUUCUUUACCUACCGACCCAACUUCUUACCUAGACGGCUCGGAAAGAACAUUAUUCGACUUCCCGCAACGCGCAAGGCUCUUCUCAAUAACCAAACUCUCAUCACUCUUUUCCCCCACACCGCAAACAAACCAUGUCGGACAACGUCGGCCUCUCGACGCCCAGGGGCAGCGGCACCUCCGGCUACGUCCAGCGCAACCUGGCACAGAUGAGGCCGCGCGACUCGGCCGCCCCGUACCCUCCCCGCGGUGACGUCGACAGCCUCCGCCACCGGCAGCGCCAGCCCGACAAGGGCAUCCUCGAGCACGACCGGAAGCGUGAGAUCGAAGUCAAGGUCUUUGAGCUGCGCGACAAGCUCGAAGAGGAAGAAGUCGACGAGGAAGAAAUCGAAAUACAAUGCGAACAGCUGCGCGAAAGACUCACCGAAGAAGCCCGCCGGGGCGGCGGCGGUGCGGCGCGCAGGGACCUCAAGAUGCACAAGGUCCACGACCUGGCCGACGCCAAGAUCAAAGAGAGCGAACGUCUUAGGCGAGCGCUCAAAAUCAGCAAGAACUACGAGGAGGGAGGCCACUGGAAGAAGCAGGAGGAGAGGCUCAGGAAGGCGCUUGACGAGGACGCGCGGGCGCCCAGUGGUAGCAGGGAGGCCGAGGGUGGUCCUUGAAUGGAAGAGCUGAAAUCUUUUCGUAUCCCCUCUGGUGUUUUUUUGUUAAGCGUAUACUGCUGUUGGCUUUCGCUGCUCGGGGUCUCUACUUUUACAUCCUGGUUCUUUUCACGUCAUUUAUAUAGCGAGGCGUUGGGGCUUGUUUUGUCAUACUUUCUGUGCUCAGAUCCAUGCUAUAUUGUAGCACAUUUGAACAAAUACUACUCGAAUGGCCACAUGGUCUCGAUGUUAGUAUUGAAAACUGUGCUGUAGAUCUGGAUACUCACUCCGGCCUGCCCUGGUGAUAUUAUUGGCGCUCAAGUAUGUGCCGGUCAAACAACCUGGCUACACGAGAUGUCUCAAGACCUACGCGCACCGCACAAAGGUUAUGCAGAUACUGGAAAGAACAGGGACUCUGAAUAACAUGUAUGGCUGACAUUCUGAUUCUCAUUUUCCGGUGCCCUUUGCCACAAGAUAUUAGUCCUUGUCUCCAUUGUGUCUCGAUCCGUUCUGGCUGAUGGACCCGCCAAUAUUCACCUCCCCGCAAGAACAGACAUGGCCAAGUCGAGAUGCCGAUUUGGUCUCGGGAAGCCUACGCCGCCACCCGCCCCCGUAUUACUUCAUCUGAAUUCACCAGUCUGUCCAAAGCCAACCCACCAAUCCUGGGAGCAUGAUGAAGUAAUAGCAGUCGACUCCUGAAGAUCGGACGCCACGGUGAAUCAAGAGAUUCCUUCAAACUGGUUCUCCAUUCAAGUCUAGCAGACUACUCUGGAAGUCAGCACCUGGAAGCGAUUUUCUUUCCUUCAUUUUGAGCGUUUGUGCUCCCCUUCUUUUUACCGGCCCGUUUUCCGUUCCGGCUCAACUUGCUUGAAGCAAAC